AUGUUAAAAGGACUAAACGUCGCUCUUGAAAUUAUAUACCGUCGUGGUCCUGGCCCUCGUGGUCGCCUUCGCCGCCGCCGGUCACUUCGGCGAAGGUGGAUUUGGUGGACACUGGUGGAAUUGGCGAUGGAAAAUCCGGUGGAUUCAGCAGCGGAGGAUUCAGAGGUGGAUUUGGAGGUGGACACAGAGGCUUCGGUGGAGGUUCCGGAGGAUUCGAAGGCGGACACGGAGGAUACGGCCGUGGAUUUGGAGCUCAGGGAGUAUAAAGCCUCCGCUCCUCCGGCGUGUUGGCAGUUGCUUCUCAACGUCUCAACACUUAACAUGGUCCGCGCACUGUUCACCGUCAUGGUCCUGGCCCUCGUGGUCGCCUUCGCCGCCGCCGGUGGAUUCGGUGGAGGUGGAUUUGGUGGACACUCUGGUGGAUUUGGCGGUGGAAAAUCCGGUGGAUUCAGCGGCGGAGGAUUCAGAGGUGGAUUUGGAGGUGGACACAGAGGCUUCGGUGGAGGUUCCGGAGGAUUCGGAGGCGGACACGGAGGAUUCGGCCGUGGAUUUGGAGGAUAUGGAGGGUAAACCAUGACUUCGCACCACCAUCUUGGCCACAGAAGACGGCAUUUUGUAUUUCGAUAAUAAAAUUGUAAUAAAAAUAAAUGCUUACUCUUUUCCUAAGAAUAAACAAAAUGAAGCUUA